AUGGGAGACUACGGCUCUGAUGCCAAAGGUGCUUCCGCCCGGCUGCUUUCUCAGGCGUGGGAACAUCUACGACUGGCUGAACGAGCACCCCUCAGGUUCCCAUCCUGGGACGCCAUUCUGGUGACGGCCGCCAGCAAUGCACAGGCCGCCCUGUAUCAGCAGCAACUAGAGGCGGCCCGCUACUUCGGUCGCAUUGCGGAGGGCACCCUCGUGCUCGCCGUUCCUGACCCCCAGGGCAAGCGGAUUGGCUCCGGAGGUGCGACGCUCUCAGCCCUCAGAGUUUUGGCAGACCAACUAAGCAGCCAAAUUGAUAACCCAGCUCCUUCACACCGGAAAAGUGUUGGUCAAUCCCAAAGCAGUGGGGGUGCGACUCCCACAGGAACUGAAACCGUUGGCGAGACGGGGGGGGUGCCUGUCAGUGGAAUUGUAGACCCGCGGAUCGAGGGUGCGCUCGAGGUUUUGGCGGGGUUCAGGGUUUUGCUCGUCCAUGGGGGGGGCGACUCGAAGCGGGUUCCGUGGGCAAACCCAAUCGGGAAACCGUUCAUUCCGCUGCCGUUCCUGGUGGCGAGGGACAGCGACGAGCCGGUUCCCACACUGUUCGACCAUAUUCUGGCAGUGGCCGCUCCAGCGCUAGGGGCUAUGCAGGGAGGGGGAGUGCUUAUAAUGACAGGGGACGUCCUGCCGAUCUUCGACUCAAAGUUCCUGUUCACACCGGACGACGGUGCAUGCAUCGUCACCACCCUAGCCUCGCUCGACGUCGCCUCCAGGCACGGCGUCUUGGUCUCCGAGGGGGGGUCCAGAUCGCCCCAAAACCAGGGGGGAGGAAACGACGAAAAGCGAGCUCCAACGAGUGCAAACCAGUCCGACUUGAAGAGGAAUCGAAGUUCUGACUCCAUUCUGGACCCGCAAGCGCCCGUGAGCGUGAAACCGCUCAACCUCAUGUCCCUUCCCCCCAUCGCUUCCAUUGCGAAACCGACCCCAAUCGCGGCGCACCCCCUGUUUAGCAGCCCCCCCCCCUCUCCCCAUGCCGCAGAACGAAGCUCGUCGCCUAAGAUCCUAUCCCCCCGAACCGUUUGCCCCCCCCUGGGUCUGACCCGUUCACGUCUCCCCGCACAUAUAGACUUUCCAGCCGGUCGCCCCCGCCCCUUCCGACUGUUCCGGAGGCCCCCGUCGUGA